CCCCCUCCUCAGAAAACAACAAAAAAGAUAAAACAAAAACAGGAAAACAAACAUUUAAAACCACACACACACACUUCAUGAUGUUUGUGAAUCCAUGUCCAGAGAACGAGGGAGGUGACGCGGAUACGUUUCAGAUGAAAACAUCGUCAUAUGAAGGGAAUGGUUCUCCCACGAUCUACUCUCCUUCAUAUAGCCCUCAAAACCAGACUUCAAGAAGCACAUUCAACAGCUCUUGGUCAGAGAGUGAGGAUAAUGCUAUAUCAGUUGUAGAACCAUCAGCAGCUGAUAAACUCAGGUCGAUCUGGUCUAUGCCAAACCAUAUAACAGAUACAACGAAAUCCAAUAAUGGAUUUUGUCAAAUUCAAGAAGAGAUGUACCACAGGAAUCAAAACAAGUGUGCAUUGAAUACAGAUAUGAAUGAGGGCAUUGAGACACCAACCAACUGGAUGCCAUUUUGGCAGAAUAAAAAGUUACAGGAAUUGCAAAAAGAUUACACCUCAAAAGAACCCCUUACACCCUUUAGCAAAUUUUCUAUCUCAAACUACAACAAUGUAGAACAUCCUGAUGAAACCAAAAACACAUCUUUAACAUGGGAAUUUAAUGGUGACAAUAGAAAAGAUAACGAUAGUUGUUCUGCCCCUAUUAGUAAUGGAAGUACAUGGAUAAAUGACCCGCAUUUGAAUACAUUGGAGAAUAAUUGGCCUCGAGGAGAUGAUUUUACAGAUUUGUCAUUUCAAAAUCCAAAUAGACAAGAAAACAACAAAGAAGAACUUGGUAAAGGAGUGUACAUUUCAAAUAGUGCAACACUGCUUGAUCAGUCUCUAUCUGUGAAGAAAUCAAAUAAUUAUGGUCACUUUAAUUUAAAUGGUGAACGUGUUGCAAAUGCGUUUGAAGUGUUUGGACAGCAACCUGAAAAUGAGGAAUUCAAUCAGGUAGUUGGUGGCAAAUACAGAGAUGCUGACGAUUCCAGCUAUUGUAAAUCCCUAGAAAUUGGUUGUCCAGACUGUGACAAUUUAUGUGAGGCUCAGGCUACAAUAGAAUAUUCGUGCCAACAAUUAAACAAUGAAGUAAAUCAAAUCAGGAAAGCAACAGAUGUUUCUCAGGCAAACCUCCAACAUAAUUUGGGUCAAUCAUUGUUUGGACAAGCUUCCAUGAACCUUGACGAAAAUUACUCAUUGGAUCAAGAAGUAUUGACUUCAGAUAUCUGUGAAUCCAUGCAGACCAAACAUAGAAACGUUCAGCCAUCUUCAGUAUCGAUGGCCCAAUUGAGAUCCAGUGGCCCCUCUAUUUCAGUUAAACAGGAACAUGAUUCUUACUUGUACCCGGAGAUUACAAAUAAGGCAACCUUCCACAGUUCAGAAGGUACAAAAGCACAAGUAGAGCAUAUGGACUCUACGCUUCAAAACCAUGUAGACAAUAAUGUAUAUUAUCAGUCUAGAUUUUUGCCCCAGCAACAAGGGGUACGGAGACUUUCUGUGCCUGGUGACUACUCAAACUGUACUUAUAACCCGAUUUCAUCCCUUAUGUACUCAAAAAAUAUUGAGGUACCACCUCAAUUGUACAACCAUGGAAAUCCUAUUGGUUAUUUCACUGCCGAAAACUGUGGACCACUGGACCUUAUGACCGACCAAAAUCCAAUAAAUCAAGUAUCUCAUAUACCAUUCCCUCAACCACAGCUCAUGAGAGGUUACCAUCACAGUCUCGCACCAAUGAGGUCUCCGUUUUUGUCACAACCUCAACGAAUCAGACUAGAUCUGCACAAUCCACUUUCCUAUACUGAUUCACACCCCUGCAAUCAAUACUUUACAUCAAAUCAAUAUGUAAUCCCAAGAAUGGCGCCUUCUGGAUAUGGUGUGCCAGUGUUUGUGCCACCCCACCAGACAAAGAAUGUGGUUGCCCCAUCCUUGCAGCUGCACCUCUGGCUAGAGGCCUGCUAUGAGCAGUGGAGAGCUUUGGAAAAGGAGAGAAAAAAGGUUUUCUGUCAUAAACACAUUCUAUCACGGUGCAUUACUGUACUUCCAUUACACGAAAGCACAUUUUAGCCAACAGAUAUCGAGUUGGUGGUAAUAAGGAUUUGUAUUUUAUAAGGUGCUUAAACGCCUCAGGAAAUUAAUUUCGUCCAUCACAUCUCACCUCAUCCAUUUCAAUACCCUGAUGGAGGCUAUCCAAUAGACCCCCAAGUGGUAGCUGUCCUUG